AUGUCUUCUUCAACGUUCAGCGGCGAUGAAACGGCACCGUUCUUUGGGUUCCUCGGCGCCGCCGCGGCCCUUGUCUUCUCAUGUAUGGGAGCAGCAUACGGAACAGCGAAGAGCGGAGUAGGUGUGGCGUCGAUGGGAGUGAUGAGGCCGGAGCUGGUGAUGAAGUCGAUCGUGCCGGUGGUUAUGGCUGGUGUGCUGGGUAUCUACGGCCUUAUCAUCGCCGUCAUCAUCAGUACGGGCAUCAAUCCCAAGGCCAAAUCCUAUUACCUCUUCGAUGGCUACGCCCAUCUCUCCUCUGGUCUCGCUUGUGGCCUUGCUGGCCUCUCUGCUGGUAUGGCUAUUGGCAUUGUCGGUGAUGCUGGUGUUAGAGCCAACGCCCAGCAGCCAAAGCUUUUUGUUGGGAUGAUCCUCAUUCUCAUUUUUGCCGAAGCACUUGCCCUGUACGGUCUCAUUGUUGGCAUCAUUCUCUCUUCUCGAUCGGGUCAGUCAAGAGCCGACUAG